AACCGCUUGGAGUCGUGAUCAUCCUCUCUGAGUUGUGUAAGUUUGAGUGUUAACCUCAGUCUCCCUCCACAAGAAGAUGCAGGACUUCGCCUUCGCUGCCCUUUCCAUCUGGCUGUGUCUGGGUGCCACCGCCCUGGCAGAGUCCCACGGCCCACAACACUGCACAUCACCUAAUAUGACUGGGGUCCUGACUGUGAUGGCCCUUACAGGAGGUGAAAUCAAGGCAACUGGACAUUACAGCUACGACUCUACGGACAAGAAGCUACGUUUCACUGAAAGUGAGAUGCACCUCAACAAGACUGAGCAUCUGGAGGACUACCUGAUGCUAUUUGAAGAGGGGGUCUUCUAUGACAUUGACAUGAAGAACCAGUCCUGUAAGAAGAUGUCUCUGCACUCUCAUGCUCACGCUCUUGAACUCCCCGCUGGUGCAGCCCAUCAGGUUGAGCUGUUUUUGGGGAGUGACACUGUUCAGGAGGAGAACAUCAAAGUGAACAUAUGGAUGGGAUCCGUGGCAGAGACUAAGGGCCAGUAUUCUGUGUUAACUACUGUGGGAGAAUGUCUACCACUCAGUACUUUCUACUCAACUGACUCCAUCACACUCCUCUUCAGCAAUUCUGAAGUGGUCACUGAGGUGAAGGCCCCUGAAAUGUUCACUCUGCCGUCUUUCUGUGAGGCUGUGGAGCUGGAGGAGACUCCAAAGGGCCAGAAGAAUGACUUCUUCAAUAUUUUCAACACUGUCUGAUACAGUGGCACCAGGACCUCCAGCCCCAACCAACCAAGAGCCUGGCAAGCUAAUCCACCUAGAUGUUUCUCUCACUCUAAUGACUACAUUUGAGUGUUUUAUUACGAUCUUUCCUCUUCUGUUAGAUAAGAUCUGUAUUAUAAUUUACUUUCUUUGUUGAUUCCCCUUUGAAGACAUUGCAUAAAAGAUGGAUCAGAUGUAAAAAGGAAAGUUAAUUUCAAGUUGUCAUGUUAAUGUAAUCUCUACAUUUGAACAGGAUAGAUGGACAUAUAACGUUUGUACCUUACACUAACAAUCUGUCACUUUAAGUUGCAAAUGCGUAAGAGGUCUGCAUAGGCAAAUAAGAUAAUAAAAACUCCAAAUCUUUUCCAGUC